AUGUCGCAUUUACUACUGUUAAUGAUAUUUUACUUAUUCAACAGAAACAACGCACGGAUUUUACCAGUUUCCAAUAAUGAGAUCACAUCCAACACCUUUUUCGAUACACUUCGUCAAAUAUAUGAAGAAGAGCCUUUUCGAAAUGUAUUCUAUUUAGGGAGAACGACUAAGACUUGUUUCUCUAACAGAGAAUUGGCAGAGAGAGUGCAAAUACCGUUAAUCAUCGCAACGGCGGACACUUUUGAUGAUGACAAAUUAAAGGAUCGUUUCAACAGUAAUAUUCUCGCCAUCGUGUGCUUGUCCACCAAACACCUAGAUCUGGAGCUUCUCAACGUUUUGUCAGCCAAGCUGCAACACAGACGUCAGACCCGCAUUACUCUAUAUUUUGCAGCUGGAAAACCUUCAGCUUCGCUUUUGGCUUCCUUGAGUGUCUAUUUCGAAAAACGGUAUAUGACAAAUGUGAUUGGUCUCUACGAUGAUUUACAGACACGGUCCCAGGCAGUUUUCUACCGUUACUAUCCGUUUCCUACAGGCCAUUGGAACCUUGAGUUUAUAAACAGUACUCUCUACUACAUUCCGUAUUAUGAAACAAAUCUGCAGGGUAAAACCUUUAUUACGUUACCGGACCAAAUACUGCCACGUAGCCUCAUCUAUGUAAAUUCUUCAGGUCAUCAACAAUUAAGCGGUUAUGUGGGGCUUCUAUUGAGUACGUUUGCGGCAAAAUAUAAUGCCACUUUGAAGUACUUAUAUCCCGUUAUCCAAGGCGAUAUGGUGCAUUUAACUGUUAUAUUCGAUUAUGUCGUAAAUGGUACACUGGAUUUGGCAAUCGCUUUAACCACGGCUUCUUUUAACCUGAGCCGUGUCUACCCUCUACUAUCUUAUCCGCUGGAGUUAAGCGGCUGGUUUAUAAUGUUGCCUUGUCCACAGCCACUAGACUACUCCGAUAUAUACACGAUAGUGGUUAACACACAAGUAAUCGGUCUUCUGAUGUUAUUCAAUUUUGUUUUCUCGGUACUGGACUCCAUUAUUAAGCAGCAGUUUUAUAAAAGAAGUGAUGACAUCAAAUGGAUAGACAUUUUGGUCAACGAAAAUAUUUUUCGGGGCAUUUUCGGUCUUUCAUUUCUCACGAAGAGACAUCCGGUGCUCUCAAUGAAAAUGCUUUACGUGUUUCUCUUCCCACUGGGCUUGUUCGUCAACAACAUGUACUCAGCCUACUUUCAAACCCUUUUUACCAGUCCACCGCUACAGCAGAAAAUUUUAACAUUCGAUGAUAUGCGAGCCCGAAAAUUAAUGAUAAUGUUUGACCGCAACGAAAUCAAAUUAGCAAUGGAUGGACUUGGCUCUGAUUUCAAUAGAACAUUCAAGGAUAUAUUAUUAUUAGAACAUACUGAGGUAGUCCAACGCCAUCGAAGGGAAUAUGACACCAUGUAUGCAUAUACAAUACCAGAGGCACUUUGGUCCAUCUUCGAGGCACAACAAGAAAAUUUCGAGAGAGAGCUAUAUUGUUUAGCUCCGACUCUAAAAUUCUUCGGUUUACUCAUGCUGGGUAUACCUUUGGCUGAGAACUCAAAUCUAAUGGAACCCCUCAAUAAGAUGAUACUGCGAGUUAUUGAAACGGGACUUUUAGAACAUUGGCGGACCAUAACUUUCAUAAAUAUGAGAGCAAGUGGCCAACUGCCGCUUAAGGGAGUUCUGGACAGGGAGCAGUUUCACGAUAUAACUAUAGAGGAUAUCCAGUGGCCAUUCUAUUUACUAUUAUGUGGUUCUCUUCUGAGUACUAUUGUAUUUGUAGGGGAGCGCUAUUUGUUCAAACAGAAGGAGAACAUUAAUAACUAA